AUGGCAGGUGAAAUCAGGAAACCUCUUGUUAUAGGAAAAUCCAUGAAACCUCGUUGUUUUAAGAAUAUGAAUAUUGCUUCGUUACCUGUGACAUGGAAAUCUAACAAGAAGGCUUGGAUGACGGCCGAAAUAAUGGAACAGUGGUCGCAAUAUUUCAAUGCAGAUAUGCGAUCACAGUUCAGAAAUAUUUUAUUAUUUUUGGACAAUGCGACAUGUCAUCCUUACAUUGAACUGUCUAACGUGAAAAUUCAAAUGCUACCCCCAAAAACCACUUCGGUUUCUCAACCGAUGGACCAAGGAGUUAUUUACACCUUUAAGUCGUACUAUCGUAAAUGUAUGCUACAGUCGCUUGUGUGCAAAAUUGAUAGUUCUACUUCGGUUCACCAGCUUGCUCCAGUAAUAACUGUGUUAGACGCUGUAAAUUGGAUUUCUUUAUCGUGCAAAAGUUUAAAAAAUGAAUGUGUACAAAAUUGUUUCCGUAAAGCUGGAUUCUUGAUUGAUGGAUCGGACGUGAAUCCCAAUGAGAAUGCACUGACUGAAAUUCAAGAUAUCUUUGCUGCACUUGAUUUUGACCAAGAACAAUUUCUGCACAUUGAUGACCAACUUGAGACGCAGCAAACCCAUGAUUCGGCUAUAUCCAUGGUUGAGAAUGAAAGUGAAAAAGACGAAGACAACGACGAAAACCAAUAUGAAGAACCAGAAAAUAUGGUAAAAGAUUACAAAACUUCUAUCUGCUACCUCGAGGAACUACAAAAAUUUUCCCACACACUGUCUAAUAGUGAGCUUUUGGAUUUGAUUUCGAGAGCCAAGGAGUGUGUGGAACGUGACGCCUUACAAAAUAAAAAGCAAAAAUCAAUAACCGAUUAUUAG